AUGAAGGUGACCAUCGUCUCCCGCAGUGGCCGGGAAGUAGUCAAGGGAGGGAUCGUGAUCAAUGACUCGGUAUCAGCUCGCCCAACUCAUUUUUCUCUUUUGGCCCUUUCUCUCGCUCUUAGUUUUUUUCUUUAAAGCGUAGGUUUUUGGGCGGGGAUUCAUGAGGUCUCUAAUCUAUGAGGGCAGUCUUAGGUUUCUGAUACCCAGAGUGUGCAUCCCCUCUCUAGUGUCUCUUCUCGUUGUCUGGGUAGCAGAGCCGUGGAAUGCUCCAGACAGAGAGUGGUAUAAUAAUACAAGCAGUGACCCAGAGCCGGUUUUUUUUCUUCUGCAGGCCUUGGUGAGCGAUCUUCAGAAAGAGAUCCACGCUCGAGGUUUGCCUCCGCAUUCCUCUGAUCCCUUGGUUUCAGGAAAUGGGAGUCUUCUUUUUGCUGAAAAUUUCUUUUAUGUUCGCCUUACCAUGAUGACCACCUUGGAAGUUCUCUUUCCUUUGUGGGAUAAAUUCCAUGCUCUCCUAGCAGUUCAUUUCGAACGUUUCCCCAAUGAGAUAAUGAUUAUCUUAACAACAUGAACAAAAUAUUUCCGUCAUCAUUGUCGCUGCCUAUGUUUUCGACAAGAUAUGAUCCAAAGGUUGUGAGGAAACAGUUCGUAAGAUUCAAGGCUGAUAUAUCGAUCAUAAUUGAGUUUUGGAUGCUAUUAAUUGGAUAAACUCAUGGUAAGAUGGGUAAAAAAUGGCCGGUGAGGAGUGAUACAUUUCAUCCAGAUGGGGGAUAAGACCAAGAUCUCCUUGGAACCCACCUAUGACUAUCUUUGAAUAUCUUCUACGGUAUCUGCGUCUCUCAAGUUGAAGACUUAGUGAUAUUGGUACGUAGUCGUCCUUCUGAGCAAGCUGAAGGUUCACAUAACCAUUCGAAACAAGGAAAGUCGGAGUAUCAUGAAAAACAAAAAAAUCAUAAUUUUGUCAAAUUUGAGUAAUUCUGUCGCACCUAGUCUUAGAGACGGCUAAAACUUUGGAUUGUGGUUAGAUCGAUUUUGGGGAAGGGAGUUAAGUUCAGUAUAUUUUAUUUCUAUUGAUUGAUGCAUCAUUUUUAUUUAGUGAAUUUGAAUUUGAGUUCAUCCGUCAAAAAUCGUAAAAGUUAACUUAAUAUCGUGAAAUUACAGAAUUUUCUUUUUUAGUUAAGCAGAUGUGACGUUGCAUUCACUACAGGUGUGCAAUUAUUUUUAACUGUACGCUGUGCUCAAUUGCCUAUUGUAGAGAAACUCUUUUAAACUGUAGAUUUGAUGCUUGUUAUGCGGAGGUGGCAAGAAGUUCUGAAGUCUCCCCAGUGCUUGGGUUUACUUCACGCUCCAUUGCCUGUCCCUUUGAGGGUGGUUUGAUCCAGUAACUCCAUGAAGUAAACUCAUGUGUUCGGGGUUGACUAUGUGGUUCAUUCUUAUUCUUCUGACUACUAAUCAAUUUCGUGAUAUAUUAUUUCUGUGAUUGGCUGGUAUAUGACAUAAAGUUUUUUGGGUUGGUGGUUUGAAAAAUCAUGAAUUUUUAGUGAAAGGAUAAAAAUCUGCACAAAUAAUGAGAGUAGAUUCCACUGCACACGGGCUACUCUGCAGAAACUGGGAAUAUAUGUUAUCAAAGUCCCUCUCAUUGUCUAUUAGCCGUUGGAUUCAAGUAGAAUUCAUGUAUAAGUCUCUAUGAUCGGCCUUAACCGUCAUUUUCCAGUGCCAAGUCAUAAAUAUCUUAAAGAUUGAAUAACUCUGUGAAAUCUCUUGAAAUAACUCCGUAAUGAUUGUCAAGUCACUAUUUUUUUAUCUUAAAGACUAUAUUUCAGUGCUGAUUUAGGAUCUGUGUUAUUUAUUAAAAUAAAGUUCGGCUCAAUCCUUUUUCUAUAUAAAAGGAUUUGAAAGAAGAGGUGACCGAUAAUUAACAGUGAAUGUGUGCCAAAAUAUGGGUGAAAUAUCAAUCUGAGAAAGAUGAGAAAGCUUGGCUUUAGUCAUUGUAACAAAAGUAGGGUUCUAAUUGCUGCCAUUUUAAUUCUUUUUAUUCUACAGUGAAAAAGUACUACCCUUCUAGACAGCGUCUUACAUUGCCCCUGGCAACUGGAUCCCGGGAAAGGCCUUCUGUCCUCAAUCCGAAGAAGUGUAUCAAGGAAUAUGCUGAAGGAAAUGCAGAGGAUUUAACUGUGGUGUUUAAAGACUUGGGCCCGCAGGUUUCCUACAGUACGCUGUUCUUCUGGGAAUACUUGGGACCUCUGAUCAUCUACCCGAUCUUCUACUACUUCCCUGUGUACAAGUUCUUUGGGUACGAGGAUGAGCGCAGCAUCCGCCCGGUCCAGACGUAUGCCGUGUACUACUGGUGCUUCCACUACUUCAAGCGGAUCAUGGAGACAUUCUUUGUUCACCGGUUCAGCCAUGCAACGUCGCCUUUGUCCAAUGUGUUCAGGAAUUGUUGCUAUUACUGGUCAUUUGGGUCAUACAUAGCGUAUUAUGUGAACCAUCCUCUGUAUACGCCUGUGUGUGACCUGCAGGUUAAGAUUGGCUUUGGAUUCGGCUUGCUCUGCCAGGUUUCAAACCUCUACUGCCAUAUUCUCCUGAGGAGGUUAAGGAGCCCCGACAGCAGUGGAGGGUAUCAGAUUCCUUCGGGGUUCCUGUUCAACAUUGUGACCUGUGCCAAUUACACUACAGAAAUUUAUCAGUGGCUUGGGUUCAAUAUCGCCACCCAGACUGUCGCAGGUUACUCUUUUCUGGUGGUGGCGGCUCUUAUUAUGACCAACUGGGCCUUGGCCAAGCACCGCCGCUUGAAGAAGGUCAGUUGCUCUUCUCUUCAUUUUCUUGAAAAUAAUUGAUAUCUGUAUCCUUAAUCCCUUGAUGGCGUGCGGAUAAGAUUCUCCGGUUCAUAGCUGCCGAAAUGCAUUGCAUUUAACAAGGCCCCAUUAUCCUUAUUACUCCAAAACCAGCUGGAAUCAGUGGAUUACCGAUUUUUUUUUAAUCACAUCUAUUUAUGAAAUUCUCAAAUAUGGGACUUAAAUCUAGUUGUCACUUGCUUAUGAUAAUCACGAGUUUAUUUGUAUAAUAAUCAGUAUCGGACACUUCUCAACAACUCCCCAUCUUCCUUGGUGCAGCUGUUUGAUGGAAAAGAAGGCAGACCCAAGUAUCCACGAAGAUGGGUGAUUCUCCCACCGUUCAUCUGA